AUGGCCGCCGUCAUAAUCCUCCUCCUCCUCCUCCUCUUCACCAUCACAACCCUACUCGCGAACCUCAUCAACAAGAAGAAACGCGCCGCCGCGGCGGCCAAGCUGCCACCGCUACCUCCAAGCCCGGCGGCAGCAUGGCCGCUGCUGGGGAACCUCCCGGCGGAGGUACUCAUCCACAAGAAGCCCAUGUUCCGGUGGAUCCACGAGGUGAUGAAGGACAUGGACACCGACAUCUGCCUCAUCCGUCUCCCCGGCGGCGCCAACUUAAUCCCGGUCCUCGACCCGGCCAUCGCCAGGGAGAUGCUGAGGAAGCAGGACGCCGUCUUCGCCGACCGCCCCGUCUCCUUCGGCAGCCACACCAUCAGCGGCGGCUACGUCACCACCGCCGCCGUGCCGUACAACGACCAGUGGCGCAAGAUGCGGAAGGUGCUCACCUCCGAGAUCGUGUCCCCAGCCCGACACAAGUGGCUGCACGACAAGCGCGCCCAGGUAACUGACAACAUGUUCCGUUAUCUGCAGGAGGCCGACAACCUCGUUUCCUACGUCCGCAGCCACUGCGUGGCUGGGAAGGGCGUCGACGUCAGGGUUGCCGCGCAGCAUUACUGCGGCAACGUGAUGAGGAAGAUCGUGUUCGGGCGGAGGUUUUUCGGAAGGGCCACGUUAGAUGGUGGGCCGGGCCCGAUGGAAGUGGAGCACGUGGAGGCGGUGCUUGGUGCGUUGAAGUGCUUGUACUGGUCGUGUUUAUCGGAUUACUUCCCGUGUUUGUGGGGUUGGGACGUCGACGGGAAGGAGAAGGUGAUUAAGGAGGCGAAUGAAACCAUUCGACGGUGCCAAGACCCUAUCAUCGACGAGAGGAUCCGGCAGUGGAGGAGCGGCGAGAGGAAGGAGAUGGACGACCUCCUUGACGUCUUCAUCACUCUCAAGGAUGAAGAAGGAAAACCCUUGCUCACUCCUCAUGAAAUCAAGAGUCAAGCCGUGGUAGGUAUGAUGGCCGGGAUAGAUAACCCAUCAAAUGCGGUGGAGUGGGCGAUGGCAGAACUGAUUAACCAACCAUAUCUCAUGGCAAAAGCGACAAAGGAAAUCGAUCUUGUCGUGGGGAAAGAGAAUAGAAUGGUCCAAGAAUCAGACAUCGACAAGUUGAACUAUGUGAAAGCAUGUGCUAGGGAAGCGUUCCGACUUCACCCGUUGUUGCCUUUUAACGCCCCACAUGUAGCCACCCAAGACACCAUCGUGGGUGGCUACUUCAUACCCAAGGGGAGUAGUGCCCUCCUUAGCCGCUAUGGCCUCGGUCGCAACCCCAAGACGUGGACCAACUCACUCAAGUUCGAUCCUGAACGCCACCUUAAAGGCGAUGGUGAUAAUGAUGAGGUGGUCCUCACUGAGCACGACCUUCGGUUCGUAUCAUUUAGCACUGGCAGGCGAGGCUGUAUAGCGGCGAUGCUGGGAACUUGUAUGACCACCAUGUUGCUUGCCAGACUGCUGCAGUGCUUCGCAUGGAGCCCAACAGGGAAUGCCAAGUUCGUCGACCUCACCGAAGCUGAUGAUCAGCUUUCACUGGCCACGCCACUCAAGGCAUUCCCUGUGACGCGUUUAACACCCGACCUAUACCCUGUAAUUUGA